ACUGAGACCCUGCUCGAUAUCCUGCUUAGAGAAUGUUCUGGAAAUCCGCGAAACGCCAGCUUUAGGGGGCUUUAUCGUGUUCCCAUACGACACAGCAUCCAAGCGACUGACAUUUGAUAAGCGAACCCCCAUCGUGAGGCACUUACAAUGAAAUAUUUCAAUAAAAACCUGUCUAAAAACCUGCGAGGCGCCGAAGCUGACCGGCAGCACCCCAGCUGCGCGGGUGACAGGCAAAGUUUCCCGGGUCUCGGACUCAGCGCGACUGAGGAGGGGGAGGAGGCGGGACACAAGCCCGACAGUCGAGCCUCGUAGUGGGCGUGAGCGCUUUCUUCACGGCGAACCAGGGUUAGCUGUUAGCUCAACGAAGGAGGGUUUCCAGUUUGUCUGAGGAAGGACCGACGAACAGUUUCCAUCAUUAAACGGGGAGUGAUGUCGCCUUUGGCCGCCGUCUUGUUAUAACAACCCGCCCGACAUCACCUAAGCUGAAAAAAACGACGCUGUUUAUCCCUAGCAUCACCGGCUCCUGGGUUUGACCUGCUUAACCACUGAAGUCCUGAAAGGGAUUUGCGGUCCGUCAAUGAGGAACUACAGGCUUAUCUUUUGCCACAACCUGAAGCAGCCAUAGAUGACCCUUCUAUUCACUGCAUGUGGGCGGAGCAGGAGAUAAGGCCAACUUUUGGGUGUUUGCGUGCUCAAAAAACGAGUGGAAGCAGCUCGGCUGUGUAAGCGAUGAGGAAGAGCUUCUCCCCUGCCCUCGGUGACUCCCUUAGCACAGCCAGGGUCUUUGGGAUCCCUCUGGAGGAGGUGCGCCGGAGUGGGCAGCCUGGACAGGAGGUCCCCCUGCUGGUGAAGCACAUUGUGGAGUACAUUGAGGAACAUGGGGGCUUGGACCUGGAGGGCCUGUUCAUGGUGAAUGGCAAUGCAGAGCGUGUAGAGUGGCUGCGGCAGCGCUACGACAGCGGUGAGGAGGUGGACCUGGAGAAAGAGGCUGAUCUGGCCUCGGCUGUCAGCCUGCUGCGCCUCUUCUUGCAGGAGCUCCCAGAGCCUGUAAUCCCUGCCAACCUGCAGGCCCACAUCCUGCAGCUGUACCAAGGUUACAGCAGUGAGGAGGAGCUGGCUAAGAACAUAAAGUAUUUCCUGCAGCAGUUGCCUCAGGUCAACUAUAGCUUGCUGCGUUUCCUGUGUCGUUUCCUGUCCAGUGUGGCAUCCCUCCAGGAGCAGACCUGGAGCAUUGCGGGCCUUGCAGCAGUCUUUGGCCCUGAUGUCUUCCACCUGGACACGGAUGUGGAGGACCUCAAGGAGCAGGAGUCAGUGAGCCGGGUCCUGACGGAGCUGUUGGAAAGCCCGGAGGAUUACUUCGAUUCUGAGGAGGAUGAUGUCUCCACCACCAAUGACUAUAGCUCCAUCAAUGAGCAAAUCACAGAGCUCUUGGAUGACGACAAGCUGGAGCCAUGUGAGGAGCUGCCACCAGAUGGUGUGGAGAGCCUCUCGGCAGAUGAGGUCCGCCUCUCCCAAGUCACCCCGUCCUCCAGCUCACACAUCAGUCCCAUCAACAUCCUGCCGGGAUCUGCAGAGAUUUUACAAAGGACUAUCCGUGCUGCGGUACAACAGCACCUCCUCGACCUGAAGAGUUCCAUCGGUCAGGAGAUCAGCAGCUAUGAGGGCCAGGGCUUGUCCAGCCAGCUGUGCCACGGGGAGGAACGCCCAGCAGAGCAAGCAACACAGUCAGCAGAGGGCGGUGGUGAGCUGGUCACAUUGUGUGCUACCCAAGUGGCUUCAGUGGGGGAGUAUCAGGAUGUGCAGAACCCUCAGUCAGACUGUGCAGCCCAAGAGGAAAGUGUUGGAAUGGACUUGGACACCAGAGCUCUAGUAGAUGCUGAAAACAAUAUCACCACAGGAAGAUGGGACAACUGCCAGGUGUGUGAGAUGAUAGAUGGAGUCAACAUAAACACCUGUACGUUUGGACAGGAGGGGUGUGAUCUGAACGCCAACUCAGAGCUGAGGGAGUGCCCUACCCAGCCGAGCAGCACUGCCACUGCCCUGAAUCUGCGGGGGAUCUUUAUCGAGAGGGAGUGGGAAGCGCCCCGUCCUUACAUUUUCCCCCACAUUGACUUCUCAUGUAUGCACCUGCAGAAAGAAGGGGAGGAUCCUGUCCCGGCCUUCAUGUCAUGGCAAGAAGACAGUGAGUCUGGGGAGGCACAGUUGUCCCCCCUGGCUGGUCGCAUCGUGCCUCCACCCUUGGAGGAUAAUGCCCUGCAGCUGCAAGCCCGCCACUUUCUCGAUUUCGGCCACAGUCAGCGCUUCCUGCACCAGGACCCGGAUGGAGUCUCACCCGCCAAAGCGCUGCCGAGUGGGAGCCACAGGCCCCGCCGUGCUUCCUUCGGUUCCAAAGAGAGCAUGAAAGGGGACGCCGUCUCCCACCAGCUCACCAAGAAACUCCAGAACCUCAAGAAGAAGAUCCGGCAGUUUGAGGAGCAGUUUGAGAGAGACAGGAACUACAAGCCUUCUUACGGAGAUAAGGCAGCUAACCCAAAGGUCUUCAAGUGGAUGACUGACCUCACUAAAACACGCAGACAGCUUAAAGAUGCCAAACAAAAGGCGGAGGCAGAGCUGGCUCCCCAGACACGACCCAGGAGCAACACUCUGCCUAAAAGCUUUGGUUCCACACUGGAGCAGGUAGCACAUGAUGGAGGCUCAGACCGCCGUCUAACCCGUGAGGAGACCCUGGAGCUCAUCCAGCGGCGUGUCCGGGACAAGCGGGAGGAGGACCGCUGGCCCGAGGAUGUCCGGAAAAUGAGCAAGGAGCAGCUGUCCUGUGAGAAGAUGGUGCUGCAGAGAAAUUUGCUACAUUAUGAAGGACUGCAUGGCCGUCCAGCGACACGCGAGGAUCGGCUGAUCGUGAAGCCCCUGUAUGAUCGGUACCGUCUGGUCAAGCAGAUGUUAGCCAGAGCCAGCAUCACCCCCUUAACAGCAUCUCCCUCCAGCAAGCGCAGGAGCCAGACACUCCAGCCCAUCAUCGAAGGAGAAACGGCACACUUUUGUGAUGAGAUCAAAGAGGAGGAGGAGGAAGAGGAGGAUGAGGAGAUAGGCGGGGACCUGAGUGAGCUGGAAGUUGUCAUUGCCCCGGGCCCAGCAGCUGAGCUGGGCUCCUCACAGGCCAGGUCUGAUUCCUUGCUGCAGCCCAAGGCAGAAGACAAGCUGGCCCUUGACCUGCGGCUGUCUAGUUCCAAUGCCGCGUCCAAGCCUGAGCUCCUGGAGCAGCUGUGGAAAGCCAGAGCUGAGAAAAAGAAGUUGAGGAAAACCAUCCGGGACUUUGAAGAAGAAUUCUACCAGCAGAAUGGCAGGAAUGUGCAGAAGGAGGACCGUGCCCCCAUGAUAGAUGAGUACAAGGGGUACAAGAGGGUGAAAGCUAAGCUGCGUCUGCUGGAGGUGCUCAUCAGCAAGCAAGAUUCCUCCAAGUCCAUCUAGGAGGAGGCCUGCUCCCCCACCAGACCACACCGCCCUCCUCACAAAGUCAUGGACAAAGGAGAUGAGGAGGAUGCCAGCUGGCAAGAUCUGACAACCACAGCCUUUGCCUUUUUUUGUUUUUACAUUAGCUAGAUGUUUUUUUUCCAUUUCCUCCUCCCUGUCUUUUGUUUUUCAUUUCAAGUUGACAGUUUUUCAUACAGAGAAGCCAUUACUGUCUGAGCAGAGACAGAUGGACGACUGUUUCACGGCCUGUUACACAGGCACUUGGACAAAGAAAAGGGACUCAUUUACAUGGAAGGGAAAUGGAGUGGGAAUCCCAUCCAGACUCUGAUGAACGCGUUUUACCUAUCUGAAUAGUUCCACUCUCAAGUACUGGCUUCUGUUACGUGGAUGUUUGGUUAUAAAUUACUGUGUCUCUCUGUGUUCAAAGACGUGUGUCAUUUUCUGCCAGCUCUGAGCUGGCAGGACAUCUUUGGUCUGUUUUUGGUCACAAUCUUUUGUUAGGUAGGCAGAAGAUAUCUCUCUCUCUCUCUCUCUCUCUCUCUCUCAUUGUCUGGAUUUAUCCAAACACUGCUAUAUUCCAAUGUACUCCAGAGUUAAUACCAGUGAAACCAACAGUGACCAACUGUGGGAGGCCAGGGCUCAGAUGGAGAGGGAGGGGCUCUUGUUUUCACGAUUUGAACAGGGCUGUGUGCUGUAACAGGCAAAAAUGUCUCAAAAGGCCAGUUUGUCUCAAGGUUGCAUUCCCUUUCUUCAGCCAAAAAGCUUGCUGGUCAUUGCUCCACCCUUCCUGAGCUCAAGUGCUUGUUUCACAGUCAUCUAUGUUUUGUAUUAAACUUCUGUCUGAAUACAGACCCAUAAGGCUGGAUAUUGGCUGUUGGUAGUGGAAUAUGAAUGGGCUUUUGUUUACUUCUGAACACCAUCCCACUAGGGUCCGUUGCUGGGCUGCUGCACCUCCUGGAAUGAGGGCUUUGCAACCAUUUCAAGUUGGUUCCUCGAGGUUUUUUUUUUUCUGUCAGACCUUGAGAAAUACUGGAAACUAACUGCAUAAUUCAGGACACCGUCACAGAGCAGACAGUCUGAAGGCCACAAGUCUUGGUAAAUCUUCAGGCCCUCGAACCAGGCUGUCUCAGGUUCCCAUGUCAACAACCAUCCAGCCGCACUUGUGGUGGCAGUUUAGCCCAGGAGUGGCGUGUGGGGAGGUGCAGCCUAUGUGUGGUUAGUUGGUUGUUCAUAAAGACUACUACAGGUGUUCUGUAGGAUACAAGUCGGCAUUGCUAACAGUCUAGCUCGUUAUCACACCUUGAUGUUAGAUUUACUAUAUAUAUAUAUAUAUACAUACAUAUAUAAUAUAUUAAGUCAUUUUCUAAUCCUCUCGUUACCAUCACUUGUAGUAAGCACCCCUGUUUAAUGUCAGGCUGUUUUCCAUAAGUUGGGUUUGGUGGCAUCGGCUUGCAGGACCAGACCUUUUCCAUCCCAUUCAAAUGAAGCAAUAAGUGACAUUGGCACCUGUGGAAAGGGAGCCUUGCGCUCCCUCGCUGAAGCAGCUGGACAUCACUUUUUUUUAUCCGCUGGUCUAACCCGCUCGAGUGUAUCUGAAUUAAUGCUCGUCAUAUUAGACACUCGGUAUCGUAUCCUAUUAAUGUGCGGGACUGCAGGGGUUAUUAUCCAAAAGCGUGAGACCCUUGCAUCCUCUGUCUAAAGCUGCCUGGCUUUCUACUUUGCUAACCUCAUGUCCACUGUGCUGCAGCGAGUGCUAAAUUUGUAUCACGCAGGAUGUACAUUUUAAGCCCGGGUACCACCCCAAGCAUGUUUGUUUUCACUGCCGGAGAUGUCUGGGAUGCUUUGUGUCAGAUUGCAUGACUGGACACCCCUAGGGCUGUUUCAUAUCUGAAAUGCGUAUCUGUGAAUGUGUGAAUGCUUGUUCGUUUUCGACAUGCCAACAUUGGUCAAAGUGCAGUCAGUAAUAGUAUGUUCAAUGCAGACAAUAAAAUGAAUGUAAUUUA